AUGGCACCCAUGGGCCUACUUCAACUGCCCUCCGAGAUUUUGUUGCACAUCCUAAACCAUGUUGGCGCGAGCUUUUUCCAUCAGGACCCCAGCAGGUUACGCGUUUCUAAGCGUUGGUACAGCUUAGCAUGGCUGAUUCUAGCCCAGGAUCCCCAUUUGAGUCUCCAGACACUGCCACGACUUCUCGCAAACGAGGAGACCUUUGGGCGAAUCCAGCCGCAUGUUGGCUCCGUGAACCUGGUGCUACACUUCCCCGACAAAACUGUUCGGGACUGUGCCAACGUCGACGACAAACGUGUUGUCGAAGCCAACUCCCACUUGGAUCAGCUGGCCGUAUUGCUGCGUCACUGCCCACAGCUAAAGGCGCUAUCCCUGGUUGCACAGGUCGACUUCUUCGGCCUCUCAACAGGGUCCAUUGGCAGCCUCCUUUCCGCCUCCCCCCUCACCUCUUUGCACAUCGACAUCCCCAUUCGCCUGGCCCUAUGGAGAGGCCGGCCGGGAUACAAUGACCACACCGCACACCUCUGCUGUUGCAUCAACGCCCUUCUUCCGUCCCUACGGCGCCUCAGAUGUCGGAUGCAUCUGAUAUGCGGCCGCCUCUUGGAGCCACUGCCAGACGACGCCAACGGGCCGCUGAAACUCGAGGAGCUCAUCAUCAACUUUACGCAGUCACCGUUUACUGGCCCAGGCCGGCGGGAUCCAAGAUCUUGUGACUCCAUACUGGCCCCGUUUCGACCCACACAACAGGUUAUCGAAGCUCAGGCGGAGGCAUUAGCCGCGCGACUACCCAACGCUAGGAUGGUAAGGGUGAUUGGGUAUGGGCCUCGAAAGUUGCGAGGGAUUUACGCCUAUAAUGCGAUCACUAAGCGUCGGGAGAUGUUGAACUUUUACACGGAAUGGGAUGCGUCUGGAACGGUACUUGCGGAUGAGAAUGGAGGGAGCAUUGAGGGGUAG